AUGAUUCCAUCAAUAGUUCAUAGUGAUUGCGGUGGAGAAUUUAAAAUUGUAUGUUAUUUUUCAUCAUGGACUGGUAUUCAUCCAGAAGCCAAAAAUUGUACACACAUCGUAUAUACAUUUGCAAGAAUUGAAGAUGAUAAUACACUUACUGGUGUAUGGAAUAAUCCAUUAAAAGAUUUUAAAUCUAAUAAAGAUCCGGAUUUAAAAGUUUUAUUAGCAGUUGGCGGUCAAGAUUAUGCUAUUAAGCGUGCAAAUGAAAUGAUGUCAAAAGAUGAAUAUCGCCAAAAGUUUGUUAUUUCAACAACAAAACUUCUGCGUACACAUGAAUUUGAUGGUAUUGAUUUAAACUUUGAGCCAAGUGAAGCACUAGGACCACCAUCAACAUCUACGCCACAAUUGAUUGAGGAUAGAAAAAAACUAUCGAAACUUUGCAAAGAUCUUCAAGAAGAAUAUGCUGAAGAAGCUGGUCGAACAGGACGAUCACGUUUACUAUUGACAGUUACAAUAUCAGGAAUAAAAAAACAACUUGAAUCACGCUUUGAUUUACAAGAACUUGCAAAAUGUGCUGAUUGGCUCAAUAUUCAAACUUAUGAUUAUCGAGGUUCAAGAGAUAAAAUUGCUGAGCAUCAUAGUUCUUUAAUGCAAGCAAUCAAUGCUGAAUCUAAUGAAAAAGACCUCAAUCAGGAUUCAGCAAUUAAAUAUAUUGUUAAUACAGGUAUUGAGCCAUCGAAAUUAUUAGUUGGUCUUCCAGCAUUCGGAAAAAAAUUUCGUUUGACAAGCGAUUUACAUGAUCUUGGUAGUCCAGCAACAUUUGUAGGCAGUGUGCCAUAUACUGAACUUUGUCGAAAUAUGAUGUCCGGUUGGCAAAGAGUGUUUCUCGACGAUCGCAAAGUACCAAUUAUGAUCAAAGGUGAUGAAGUUAUUGGUUAUGACGAUCUUCAAAGUAUGGAAUUAAAAAUUAAUUAUGCAAAAGAACAACGUCUUAGUGGCAUUUUUAUUUAUCCAGUUAAUUUCGAUGAUAGUUCAGGUCAAUCUUGUAAUCAAGGAAAAUUUCCUAUUGUCUCACUUGUUAAACGAUUAACAUCGAAUUAUACUGUUUCAUGUGUACCACUAACAACGCCACCUUUAAACACAACAGUAGCACCGAAAAAUCGUACUAAAAUAAUAACUCCAAAAUGGAAAGUACCACGUCCAGAUUAUUUACCUACUGGCUCAGGUUUCACUAAACAUCAUCCUCCUCGAAAGCCAUAUAAUGCUGGCUCUUUAUUAACAUCUAUGUAUGCAAGCGUUUGCCUUCAUGCUAUCUGUUUAUUUCUUCUUAUUGUUUAA